AUGGACGUCGAUAUGAUCGAUGAAUGCGUUAACGAUGUGAUCUCCUCAAUUUUAUCUAGGAACCCUUUAGAGGAGAUACUUCAACCUGAGAGCCCCUCCAUGUCUAAUCCGGAUGACCCAUAUGAGGAGAUUCUUUCAAGUCGUGAUAUGGUCUCCAGUUUGGAGGGAAGCAUCUGGAAAGCUGAGUCAGUUAUCCUACCGGGAUUCUUUGAGGCAUCAAAACCAAAUGUAGCCCCAGCUCCUACUCCUACACCCUCUACCUCCCCACUGCAUCCCCCACCUCCCACAGCUUCACCAUUAGGGCAUUCUCCAGCCCAUCAACCUUCUGCCCCCCAAGCCACUUCACUAGCUAGUCUAGAGAUUAUGAUUAAGAUUGACUCCUCUGGAGAGAGGGACGAAGAGGUUUUUCCUACUGUGACCUCACCCCUAGUUGCCACCACAGGCAAGGUUCAGUCCCUCGUACAAAUUCUUGAGGACGCUGGUCAUAUAGAGCCAGUCAUUCCACCCUCACCUCCUUUGGCAUCUAUCCUUCCAGUUCCACCUGUGACCAAUGCUCAAAUUCUACCAAUAGAUUUACCACAGCUAUUAGUAUCUCUUAAACUCCAAGAACCCCCAUCAUCUGUCGAACUUGAGCUAGCUUCACAGGCACCUUCUCAUGUGCCAUCUCUAGUUCCAGUUUCAUCAACUUAUGUUUCUACGAAGGAGGGGGCCGCUACGACUCACCAUGCUAUUAACAAGGUUGUAACUACACCUAUUAUGCUUUCUAUUACCAGUGUACACCAUUUACUUCUCAUUGCACCAUGCAGUGUUUCCUCUACCAUGCACUCCAGUUCUGAUAUGAGGGAUGGUUUUUCUUCUCUUCAAGACAAGAUCUCAAAUAUUGAUGAUAAAUACACUUUACUGGAUAAACGUCUUGACAACAUAGAGCAAUGUGUCACUAGCUCAAAACCAAAUGACACUGAUGAAGAAAGUGAUGAAAAUGAUAAUGGCUCAAACAAAUCAUCCGAUGAAGGAUCACAACAAUCUAAAGGGAAAGCAAUUGCUGUAGAGAGUGAUACAACUUCGGAUGCUUGA